AAUGAUGAUAAGGUUUUAAAAUGGACAAAGACUGAUUCAAAUUAUAAUGAGGACAAGACAGAUUUGGAUUUGGAUGAGAUAGACUAUAACAAUUGCAAUAUUGACCCAAACAUUGAAUUAUUGGAGAAACAGAUACUGGUACAAAGUAUCCUGAUAAAGACAGAACAUUAG